AUGGCUACGGAAGCUACCAAUCAUGCACGGAGAGUGCUAGGCUGGGCAGCUCGCGAUGCUACUGGAAAGUUAACGCCAUUUAUGUUCACGCGAAGGGAAAAUGGUGUCAACGACGUGACUAUCAAGAUCAUGUAUUGCGGAAUGUGCCGAACUGAUGUUCAUUUUGCCAAAAAUGAUUGGGAAAACACCACGUAUCCUAUUGUUCCGGGGUACGAAAUUGUAGGGAUUAUAACAAAGACAGGAAGCAAUGUGAGCAAUUUCAAGAUUGGGGAUAGGGUUGGUUUAGGUUAUGUAUUUUCUUCAUGUUUGGACUGUGAGCUCUGCAAUACCUCAAGAGAGAACUACUGCGACCAAAUGCGCCCCGUUUACAAUAGUGUUGCUUCAGAUGGUACUGUCACGUACGGAGGUUACUCCAAAAUGAUUGUAGCAGAUCAUAGGUAUUGUGUGCACAUACCAGAGAAGCUGCCACUUGAGAGAACAGCACCGUUGCUAGGAGCAGGGAUAACGGUGUACUGUGCUAUGAAAAAUAGCAACAUAUUUGACUACCCUGGGAAAAGAAUUGGAGUGAUAGGUUUAGGUGGUUUAGGUCACAUGGCUGUCAAAUUUGGCAAGGCUUUUGGGCACCAGGUCACUGUCAUUAGUACCUCUCCUUCUAAGAAAGAAUUGGCAAUUCAAAGAUUGGGAGCAGAUGAUUUUAUAUUGAGCACUGACCCAACAAAAAUGCAGGGGAAUAGAAGAAGUCUAGACUUCAUUUUGGACACUGUAUCUGCAAACCACUCUAUUGGACCUUACAUUGAGCUAUUGAAAGUAGAUGGCACCUUGGCUAUUGUUGGUGAACCAUCUAAACCAAUCGAUUUCCCUUCAACACCUUUGAUAUAUGGCAAGAGAACAAUAAAGGGAAGCAUAAUUGGAAGUGUGGAAGAAAUUGAAGAGAUGAUGGAGUUCUGUGGGAAAUAUGAGGUGUUGCCUGACAUAGAGAUUGUACCUAUUAAGAAAAUAAAUGAAGCCUUUGAUAGGCUUGCAAAGAAUGACGUCAAGUUUCGAUUUGUCCUUGACAUUGCUGGCUAUGGUGGCUACCAAGCAUCGAGGCUCUAA